GUCUGUAUACAUUUUUUUUUUUAAAAUUACAUUCUCUUUUCUAUUUUCAGACAAAGAAAAGUAUAAACAAGUGUUGCUUGUCGAAUAUUAGAGGUAAGGUAUCAUCAAUCUUCCACCUUCGUUGUCACGAACCAAAAGCUUUACGGUAAUCAUUUGCACACACAUGCAAUUCUGACUUUUCAUUUCUUUCUCUCAAACCCAUCACGAAAAGCUUCAUUUUACAACUCUUCUGUUCAUAAUUAUUAUAAUCUCAGAGAUUCUCCUCUGCUUCGUCAAUUCUUCAUUUCAUCUGAAUCAAAUAACGAUGGAAUCUGAGAAGCCGAGUGUUGUGAGUUCUAUCACAAGACCGUCGUGGGUGCUCCUUCUCCUUGCUUUCACCGUCUUAGCCAUUCUCUCUCACCAAAUCUCCUCCAGAUCAUUCCUCCCUCUCUUUAUCCCCACCACGGCGAUACAUGACCCGGUUACAUGCUCCGGGUUUUUUAACCACGACCCGUCCCCGAAACGGAUCGUCAUGUCAUUAACCGAAUUCGGCGGAGUCGGAGACGGUAAGACGUCGAACACGGAGGCUUUCCGCCGCGCCGUAGCGAAUCUAAAAGGUUUUGCGGCAGAGGGUGGGGCCCAGCUUAAUGUCCCAAAGGGCACGUGGCUCUCGGGAAGCUUUAACCUCACCAGUAACUUCACGCUCUUCCUCGAACAAGGCGCUGUUAUUUUGGGAUCCCAGGACCCAGAGGAAUGGCCAAUAAUAGAGCCGUUACCUUCUUAUGGAAGAGGGAGAGAGAGACCUGGUGGUAGACACAUUAGCCUCAUUCAUGGAGACAAUCUCACUAAUGUUGUCAUUACAGGUGAAAAUGGUACAAUUGAUGGACAGGGGAAAAUGUGGUGGGAGUUAUGGUGGAACAGAACACUGGUGCAUACGAGAGGCCAUCUUAUUGAGAUCAAGAACUCUCAUAACAUCCUCAUCUCCAACCUCACCUUGCUCAACUCUCCUUUUUGGACAGUACAUCCUGUUUACUGCAGCAAUGUUGUUAUUAGAGAUAUGACCAUCCUUGCUCCGAUGAAUGCUCCUAACACCGAUGGUAUAGAUCCAGAUUCAAGCACCAAUGUCUGCAUUGAGGACUGUUACAUCGAAAGCGGCGAUGACCUUGUAGCUGUGAAGAGCGGGUGGGACCAGUAUGGUAUGGCUAUGGCACGUCCUAGUUCAAACAUCAUCAUCAGACGAAUCUCUGGCACUACACGGACUUGUUCAGGUGUUGGAAUAGGAAGCGAGAUGUCUGGUGGGAUUUUCAACAUUACCAUCCAAGACAUUCACGUCUGGGAUUCAGCAGCUGGGCUCCGUAUCAAAACAGAUGUAGGAAGAGGCGGUUACAUUUCGAACAUCACCAUCAGUAAUGUAUUACUAGAGAAAGUGAAAGUUCCUAUUAGAUUCAGUAGAGGCUCAAAUGAUCAUCCUGAUGAUAAGUGGGAUCCUAAAGCUAUGCCGAGAGUUAAAGGGAUUUAUAUUAGUAAUGUCGUGAGUGUGGACUCGAGGAAGGCUCCCAUGUUGCUUGGUGUUGAAGGAGGAACGUUUCAGGACGUAUGUUUGAGGAAUGUAACGCUUCUUGGGUUGCCUCAUACUGAGAAAUGGAAAUGCAAAGAUGUUUCUGGUUAUGCUAGUGAUGUUUUUCCUUUGUCGUGUCCACAGCUUUUGCAGAAGGAAGGUUUGGUCUCUCAGUGUUUAUAGAUGAGUUUGUGGUUAGUAUUUUUCUAUAUAUAGAGUUCCAUGUGAUAUAGGAGGUCCAUGAGUUUGAGCAAGUUUUUUUUUGGGGACAAGAUUCUUGGUCACUUCAGAAGAUGCCAUCUUGGUUUUCCUUUUUCACAUUUUUUUUUUUUGAUAAGUAAUCCUUUUUCACAUUUGUUUAUUCUUGUUUGUGAAUUUUGAUUCUUUUGACACAUACUUUGUGUAACGAAAUAUACUUUGAUUGAUUCAAUAUAGA